GAUUCGUGGCUCUCGACAAGCAACAAGACUGCCAAAAUGACGCAGGUCGAGGACGACUACGAUGAGAGCGCCAAUGUCGACGAGAGCGGCGGGGCUGGCCCAGGAGCACCCACGCCUUUGACUGCUUUGGAGGGUGUUGGAGGCCUAACGAAGCGCGAUAUUCAACUGGUCAUGGAAGGCGGAUACAACACCGUAGAGUCUGUCGCCUACACACCACGAAGGAUGCUUGAGCAAAUCAAAGGAAUCUCGGAACAAAAAGCAGGAAAAAUUCUCGCAGAAGCGUCCAAACUCGUACCCAUGGGCUUCACAACGGCGACAGAAAUGCACCAGCGCAGAAGCGAGCUCAUAUCAAUUACGACCGGGUCGAAGAAUCUGGAUACUAUGUUAGGUGGAGGUAUCGAGACCGGCUCUGUCACGGAGCUCUUUGGAGAGUUCCGUACAGGAAAGUCACAGAUUUGCCACACGCUUGCAGUGACAUGUCAGCUGCCCUUUGACAUGGGCGGCGGAGAGGGCAAAUGUCUUUAUAUCGACACGGAAGGCACAUUCCGGCCCGUCCGACUGCUCGCUGUGGCCAAUCGCUUUGGAUUGUCGGGCGAGGAGGUGCUUGACAACGUUGCUUAUGCACGCGCGUACAAUUCCGAUCACCAGUUGCAGCUUUUGAACCAGGCGGCAGCCAUGAUGUGCGAAACGCGCUUCAGUCUCCUUAUUGUGGACUCAGCAACCGCACUAUACCGCACUGACUUCCUCGGUCGCGGAGAGUUGAGCAGUCGUCAGACCCAUCUGGCAAAGUUCAUGCGGCAGCUGCAGAGGCUGGCCGAUGAGUUUGGUAUUGCAGUUGUCAUCUCGAACCAGGUCGUUGCACAAGUUGACGGCGGCCCCUCGGCAAUGUUCAACCCCGAUCCCAAGAAGCCCAUAGGCGGCAACAUCAUCGCACACGCCAGCACUACCAGAUUGAGUCUGAAGAAGGGUCGUGGUGAGACCAGAAUCGCCAAGAUCUAUGACAGUCCAUGUCUACCCGAGAGUGACUGUCUAUUUGCCAUCAAUGAGGACGGCAUUGGCGAUCCGUCGCCGAAGGAUGUCGAGAAGAUGAACAAUUGA